UGCUAAGUGUGAUGCCCGAGGUUCCAGUUGCACUGGGGAGGCAGACGAGAAGCGAGGGCAAGAGAGGAAGGCAUGAAGCAGGCUAUCCUGGCUUCCCAAGCUGCCAUCAAGCAUCUCUCCCAGCUGAUGCUAUUCACUCGUGCUGCGCUUGCUGCCUGAACUCUGAGCAUUGCAGCUUUUUGCUUUUUUUUUUGUUUUUUUUUUUAAUAUAUUUUUGAUAGUGGGAAAAAAAAUCAAAAUGACUGGAAAAAUAAUGUAGUUGGAAAGAGCUUUUUAUUCCUCAAGAGGGCGUUGCUGUGGCCAAGGUUUAUCUGGGUCAGAGGAACCUGCUGAACCGGUAUCUUCAUACAAACUCCAGGUCCGUCUGUAACACAAGGAACGGGACAGGCACAUUAGGGCUUUUAAAAUGACCUCUAACAGGCAAAUGAAACAGCCCCGAGGAAGAAGUGGCUGUGGCUAUGAGCAGCAUGAAUCAGCAGAAGUGAGUGUUACACACCUUCAUGCACUCUCUAUACUCUGUCAUAAAAAAGUCACAGCCCCAGACAUGGGCUCUGCUGCACUUGAACAUGCAAAGCUUUUGAACUGGUUGCUGUUGCUGUUGAGUCUGAUAUCCUGUUCUGCUGCUGCUUAUGUGGAUGAGCCCAACCUGGGCAAGAGCUUCUUGCCUCAUCGUGAUCCUGGGGGUACUGUUGACUCUUCACAAGAUACGAGGCUGCAUGUUUUCACAGUGGACUAUGACUAUGUGCAAAUUCCCUAUGAAGUUACUCUUUGGAUCCUCCUUGCCUCUCUUGCAAAAAUAGGUUUUCAUAUCUAUCACCGAUUACCAAGACUCAUGCCUGAAAGCUGCAUCCUGAUUGCCAUUGGAGCACUGGUAGGAGCAAUCAUCUUUGCUUCGCAUCACAAAUCUCCACCAGUGAUGAACUCAAGUAUUUACUUCUUGUAUCUCCUUCCACCCAUUGUCCUGGAGGAGGGUUAUUUCAUGCCAACGCGCCCAUUUUUUGAAAACUUUGGGUCCAUUCUGUGGUGGUCUGUUCUGGGAUCUCUGCUAAACUCAUUUGGGAUUGGCCUCUCCCUCUAUGGAGUCUGCCAGAUCAAAGCCUUUGGCCUGACUGACCUGAACCUGCUGCAGAAUCUGCUCUUCGGCAGUAUGAUUUCAGCAGUGGAUCCUGUGGCAGCACUGGUAGUUUUUGAAGAAGCCUCCGUUAAUGAGCAGCUUUACAUGAUGAUCUUUGGAGAGUCAUUGCUAAAUGAUGGCAUAACUGUGGUUUUAUACAACAUCUUCAUUGCCUUCACCCAGAUGCACAGGUACGAAGAAAUCGAAUCCAUUGACGUCUUCGCUGGCUUCGCUCGCUUCUUCGUGGUGGGGCUGGGUGGUGUAUUGUUUGGGAUCGUAUUUGGAUUUGUUUCAGCAUUCAUGACUCGAUUCACCCACAAUGUCUCUGCAAUCGAGCCCCUGCUGGUCUUCAUGUUCAGCUACCUGUCAUACUUGUCUGCUGAAACCCUUUACAUCUCUGGCAUUUUGGCAAUGACAGCGUGUGCAGUGACAAUGAAAAAAUAUGUGGAGGAGAAUGUGUCCCAGAAUUCUUAUACCACAAUAAAAUAUUUCAUGAAGAUGCUAAGCAGCAUCAGUGAGACCCUGAUUUUUGUGUUCAUGGGAGUUUCUACAGUGGGGAAAAACCACGAGUGGAACUGGGCCUUCAUUUGCUUCACUCUGCUCUUCUGCCUCAUUUGGCGGACACUGAGUGUAUUUGCUCUCUUCUACAUCAGUAACAAGUUCCGAACAUAUCCCUUUACUGUCAAAGACCAGCUCAUUAUUUCCUACAGUGGCCUUCGAGGAGCCAGCAGCUUCUCUCUCGCAGUCUUGCUUCCAGUGCAUCUCUUCCCCAGAAAAAACCUGUUCAUCACUGCUACUCUUGUCGUUAUAUAUUUCACUAUGUUCAUCCAAGGAAUCACAAUUGGACCAUUGGUCAGAUAUCUGGAUGUCAAAAAGACAAACAAAAAGGAAUCUAUCAAUGAAGAAAUACAUGUGCGAUUGAUGGAUCACUUGAAGGCUGGUAUUGAAGACAUAUGUGGACAUUGGAGUCAUUAUCAGCUGAGAGAUAAAUUUAAGAAGUUUGACAAUAAGUAUCUGAAGAAAAUUUUAAUUCGGCAACACCAGCCCAAAUCCAGUCUUCUGUCAUUAUACAAAAAGAUGGAGAUAAAACUGGCCAUAGAGAUGGCUGAGAGUGGCAUGAAAAUUUCAGAACCAUCCACUGCUUCUUUACAGAGUGGCAGGAACCGCCGUGCACACAGGCUGUGCCCUGCAGAGGUGGAGUCCAUGAGAGAUGUCCUGGCACACAAUCUGUACCACGUGCGACAAAGGGCACCACCAUACAACCGACACAACCUACCUACCAACACAAAUGAGACACAAGCGCAAGAAAUCCUCAUCCGCCGGCAGCACAGCCUGAGGCAGAGUUGCAGGAAGGGAAACAGCUUGCCCUGGAGUAGACCGGUUAACACCACGGAAGUACGCUACCUCUCUUUGCCUCAGGGCCCCACACAGACCAGUAGACGAAAAACCAGGCACGUUACUUUUACAGAUCAGCAUAGAAGUGUCUCUGAUGCUGCAUUGCCAUUAAUGUUCAGACCCCAGGCCCGACUACGGCCACUCGAAGCAAAGCACCACCAAGAAGAGCUGAUUCCAAUGGCACACUUAGAUAGACAAGCAGGUCCGUCCAAUCUGUCAGGUCGAAGAGGAAAUUCAAUCAGCCAUCAUCGUUUCACCAGAGCAGACAAUCUAGCUCUAAUGCCAAAGUCUCGGUUCACUGUGAGAGAAGUAGAGGAGUAUGAGUCAGAAGAAGAGACAGAAACAAUGGCACCAGCCAGGCCAUUAGUUAUAUGAGGAGCAGAGAAGACCAGUGUUUGCAUCUCUAGGGCCCCUUGUGCACUGCUCCAAAAGAAAUAACAAAGCUCUUCUUAUAUGAACCAAACUAUGAUUUUCCUUUUGGGAUCAGUGUCCUUGUUCUCGUAUCACUUUCAAGCACUGUAUCAAGGUACUUAGUGGCUCAGAGAAGACUCAAAUUUUUAAAUGUUUAUAUCAAGCAUUCUUUCCAACAAAACACUGCAGGAAAGAGGAGAACAUGAUCUUUGCAGAGGUUUGAACCUGGAUUUAAGCAACAGUAGUAGGGCUCGGGCAGUGCUAUGGGUAGAAGCUGAUACUGCCUUUGUUCUAUAAUUAUGGCCUGCAUCCAGAGGAAAGAAAUUUGUAAAGGCAUCCUUGACACGCGAAUGCAUAGAUUGAUGACUUGCACAGAGCUUUUGACCUCAGAGUAGCUGAGAUAUUCCAGGAAGAAGUUAAAAGCAGAAAGGCAUUUUUAGGGCUUUUAAACUGAAGGUGCCUAAACAAGAUCUUAAGUCAAAAGGAUUUUUAGUGGACAUUUUCAGCACUUGGGAAUUUUUUGUCAGCUCAGAUUUUGGCUCUGAAAAAGUGCCUAAAGUUAGUUGCUGUGAUGGUCCAUAACUCCCUCUACUUAAAACAAUUUCCUAUCACCCGCCUACAUUGGAUGAAUAAAGGAGGUAUCCUUGUAUGCACAAAUCCAGAGGACUCUUCAGGCAGGGUGCUGUUAGGAUACCUUUUACUUGUAAAUGUGGGAUGGCAAGAACAUACACAAUAUUCUUGUAAUUCAGCAAGUGGGAGGCUUCAUUGUAUCUAAUCUCCAUUCCUCACUCCCACUUUGUGUGCCCAAAAUGGGUGGACCAUUCUUCACACUAAAACUGGACCAGCACUGCAGGUGGGAAGUAAGAAACUGGGAUUAAAGGUAAAGGGAACCUAACCUUGUAGCCUGCCGGCUAGCAGGAAAGAGAGGCCCUGUGUUUUGCUCCCAGCUUUUUGUAAUGUGUCUGUCUAUAUGUUGUACAGAGAAGUAUUUACCAAAAAAGCAGAAAUAACCAGAAGGUCGUGCACUGAAGCACAUGACUUCCCAACCUUUCUACGGAGCUCCCUUCCAAGUGUUUCUGUAUGCCCAUGCUCCACUCUCAAUGGUAGGUCUCCCUAGUGAUAGGAUAAGCAAGAAGUAUGGUCUUGAGUAAUUUUAGAUAAAGGCUAAGUCCUAGACACCUAGUCCCUCUGAUGGAGCUCUUUUCUGCAGCAUUGCCACUGUCACCUGUGUCUUGAAACUGUACAUGAGCUGAUUUUAUCCAGAGGGAUGAAUUGAAUCCAGAAGUCCAUAAACCCACCCUUACAGCUCAAAUCUAUGGUUAAGAAAUGCACCAAGGUCCAACAUGUUUUUGUCAAGUUUCUUUCUCUCUCCUCCACUCAGAGCAUGCUUAGCUGCCCGACUCAAGGUCUGUAAAUGCUACUCUAAGAGUCAGAGAGAUAAGAAUUAGAGAGAGCGGUGCCAUCUGUAUGUUUCUUUUUUUUUUCCUAUUGUUGUUAAGCGUUUGUAUGUCCUGGUCCAUAAAAAACUUAUAAGUGUAAGUUAUGACUUCACAUUUCUUACAAAGGAUUUCUGAAUCAGGACAGGUAGAAUCUAAACUAAGAAACUUAAAAAGCACCACCAGAGGAAAAAAAAUAAAAGCCCUUUCCCCCCUUUUCUCAUGAUUGCAGCUGUUAUGCUUAGCAGGAUAAUGAAUCAUCUGUAUUGAAAUUGUACAAAGCUUUAUGGAACUCAAGUUCUGUUUGUAUUUCCUUAUUGUGCCAGAGAAAUUAUACAACUUCCUUUUAUGAAAACACUGGUACAUUAUUAAAACAGAGUAGGAUUUUGCUUUUGUAUCGACACUGAAUUAGCAAUGAAAUACAGUUAUGUACCUGAAAAUCAACAAAUAAACCCAGCUCCACCAAAGGAGGAAGUUCUCUACAGAGUUUUUAAACAAAAGCCUUGUGCCAGAUCUCAGUCCUAUAGCAAGUUAUAUUGACAUAUCAUAAAUCUAAAUUAAAACGUGAUAUUAAGGGAACAGUUAUCAUACAAAAUCAGGUCUUAAAUUGCACUGUGAGCCACCCAGUUGCCACAUGAUAUUUAAUUAAGGGCAAAAUUAGUACCUAUAAGAUGUGGUCCAUAGGCCACAGAGGUGUAUGGAGUAGGGUGGCAGAGGUGUGGAACGUGCUUCUGCAUUGCAGAGUCGUGAGGAUGUGGGAUCUCCAAAAGUGGCUGGUGGGUGAUAUGAAUUGCUGGCAAUCCUUGGGGACAGUGAUGGAGAGAAAGUGGAAAUUUGAAAGGAGGGGGAAGAGGGGAUAGUGUGUCAUCUUCAAAAGGAGGCUCAAGAGAGAGGUUUAACUGAGGAAUUACUGUGAGCUGCAAAUUCAGCAUUUCCUCUUUAAGAAGAUUUAAUCAACGGCUUGUCUGGGGGAACUGGACUGAAACAAACUCUGGGAGAUGAGGAGGAUUGAUGUCUGGAGUGGAAUGGAAAGGGCCUAGACAUACAUCAUAGACAAGAGGAGUCUGUGCAGUUUAGUCAGUAUAUGUUUGACAAACAUACUCAAAAUUGACUCCCAAAUUCCUUAAAUAUUGUGAAAGUCAUAGACCAUUAUAUAAUUACCCAUUGUAAGUAGGCAGCAAAGCAUUCCAUUUCUAAUGACUGAUUUAUAUUAGAAUUAGAGAAAAAUAAUUAAAUCUUUCUAAAGUACUAAUAGUGUAUAGAUGGAGAUUAAUCUCUCUCUUUUGCUUAAUUUCUAAUCUUUUCUUCAAUGAAAUCAGCAGGCCAGAACUUCAGAGAGUGUAAAGCUGUAGAGCAACUAGAAAUUAAUAGAGUGCUUUCAGAUUUUUCAGUUUGGCCCCCAAACUUGUAAAGUCUAUUUUUAGUUUUCUUUCCUAGCAAUUAGUAAAUAGGACUGGAAGAAAAUUUCCUUCUGUGCCAUUAAUUGAUGUUAAUGGUUUUGCUGGCCAACAGCCAAGAAGCAAUGCUGCAAAUGCCUGUAUAAAAUAUGUUCUAAAAUAUAAACUUGCACAUUUUAUUUUUUUUUAAUUGUUAUUUCAUACUUGUGGACAAAAAAGUUCUCCUUAAAGAAGCACAUUAAGUAUGUUUUGAAUAGCAAUAACUACAGCAAUAUCUUAUUACAAGUAAUUUACUCCAUGUCUAUAGGCUUUCAGGCCUGUCCAUAAAGAAAACUGAAGUGGUUUAGAGAAUGAAUUUAAAUCCACUGUGUGUGCACAUUCUUAGACUCUUUAACCUGGGUCACAUCCAGGAACCUUGUGCUGAUAAUUUACAAAGGUAAGUUAAUUCAAGAUCUCCUAUUUUUU